AUGCCACCAAGAGAUUGGUGCGAGAAAGUCGAGGUAGGAUGUGCAAUAAAAUUAUUGGCGAUGGAACCUUAUCAGAAUCACAAUGUGAACGAUGAGAUUUAUGAUCUUCGGCAAACAUCUGCAUCACGAAGCAUUGACAGUAUCGAAUUUGUUGAUAAUACGUAUGAACAGACCAAAGAAGAUCGCGAAAGAGUCCUGAAGGUUUUUAAUAAUCAUCGAGACACAAUGGAAUACGCAUCCGAUUCUAGCAAUGAAAGCUACAAGGAGAUUCACAGGAAUCAAAUUGAACGGAAAACUUCACCCGCAAUUGUUGUGUCUAGUGCAUUCACGAUUGACAAUAUUCUUGGAAGGCACGAAGAAAAAGAUGCGGAAGUGUCAUCUAGUUAUAAUAAUUCGGAAGACAAGGACGAGGAGCAGGACGAAAGGGACGAGAAAGCAGAAGAAAUACAGUUUAUUAAACCAACGGCGAUUCCUGCUAUGCAUUCAGAUAUGGGACUAUAUGGGCCGACGGGUUUGUCAUAUUCUGAAGUUACAUUUGCAGAUCCGUCUGGAUAUUCAGCAACAUCUUUCGCUUCUGCAUCCCUUUUAUACAACAGUUGGUUCACUCAAACGAAACCUGGCCAAUUGUUUGGUUUGCAAGCGCCUAAACCAAGUGGGAGACGGUCCAGGAAGCCGGGAAUCGAUCGAAAACCUCGACAAGCAUACAGCGCGAAACAAUUGGAAAGACUUGAAGCAGAAUUCAAGAUUGACAAGUAUUUGAGCGUGAGCAAAAGAAUGGAACUGUCGAAAUCACUGAAUCUCACGGAAGUGCAGAUUAAGACAUGGUUCCAAAAUCGGCGUACCAAAUGGAAGAAACAACUUACCUCGAGGCUGAAAAUUGCUCAGAGACAGGGGCUGUUUCCACCUCCGUAUUUCCCACCAACACAGUACCCUCUGUUGCCGUAUUACACUUCACCCCUGGUGUUUGGGAAUCCAACAUCAGAUGACGCUAACGUGAACGUGGCAACGAUAUCGUCACGACCUGUGGUAUCGUCUCCAGAUACUGUCUGAACUGAUAUCGAUUCGCACUACUUAGCCGACCGUGAAUCGCGUGACGCCGAAGUGUAUUAAAAAUGUGACUAUACCAACUAUGGAAAAUAGGUUUUUUAAUUAAAUUACAGUCAAAAACAUUUAAUUUAAUAAGUUCAAGUAGAAAAAAUGGCUAUAUAAAAUGUGAAUAUUAAGUUAUCAGAAAUG